AUGGCUUCCUCCUCGGCUGAGACAGCGGAGCGGCUGCGGCGGCGGGUACAGGAGCUGGAGCAGGAGCUGGCGCAGGAGCGGAGCUUGCGGGCUCCGGGGGGGAACGCCGGGGGAGAUGUGGGCAGCAGCGGCGGAGGCCGGACCCGCAUCGAGAAGAUGAGCCCUGAGGUGGUGGACUCCAACCCUUACAGUCGCCUGAUGGCAUUGAAACGAAUGGGAAUUGUGAAGGAUUAUGAGAAAAUCCGUAGCUUUGCUGUAGCAAUAGUAGGUGUUGGUGGAGUUGGUAGCGUAACUGCUGAAAUGCUAACAAGAUGUGGCAUUGGUAAGCUGUUACUAUUUGAUUAUGACAAAGUAGAACUGGCAAACAUGAACAGACUUUUCUUCCAGCCACAUCAAGCAGGAUUAAGCAAAGUUCAAGCAGCAGAGCAUACUUUACGGAACAUUAAUCCUGAUGUUUAUUUUGAAGUAUAUAACUAUAAUAUAACUACAGUCGACAACUUUCAACAUUUCAUGGAUAGAAUAAGUAAUGGUGGCUUGGAAAAUGGGAAACCUGUUGACUUAGUUUUGAGCUGUGUGGACAACUUUGAAGCUCGAAUGGCAAUUAAUACAGCUUGUAAUGAACUUGGGCAAACAUGGAUGGAAUCUGGGGUCAGUGAAAAUGCAGUCUCAGGGCACAUACAACUCAUCAUUCCUGGAGAAUCUGCUUGUUUUGCAUGUGCGCCUCCACUGGUAGUUGCUGCAAAUAUUGAUGAAAAGACACUAAAGAGAGAAGGCGUCUGUGCAGCUAGUCUUCCCACGACCAUGGGAGUGGUUGCUGGAAUUCUUGUACAAAAUGUAUUAAAGUUUCUAUUAAAUUUUGGUACUGUGAGUUUUUACCUGGGUUACAAUGCAAUGCAAGAUUUCUUUCCCACCAUGUCCAUGAAGCCAAAUCCUCAGUGUGAUGACAGAAACUGCAGGAAGCAACAGGAAGAAUAUAAGAAAAAGGUAGCAGCUCUGCCUAAACAAGAGGUGGUUGUACAAGAAGAAGAAGAAAUACUUCAUGAGGACAAUGAUUGGGGUAUUGAAUUAGUGUCUGAGAUUUCAGAAGAGGAGCUAAAAGAUGCUUCUGGUCCUGUUCUUGACUUGCCUGAGGGAAUUAAGAUGGCAUAUACAGUUCCCAAAAAGGCAGAAGAUGCUCUGCCAGGAGGGGAAUCAGUUGAAGAUUCUGGAGAAAGUUUGGAAGAACUUAUGGCCAAGAUGAAGAGUAUGUAACCUGGAAUUGUCUUGUUUCACCUUCUUCUUUCUGGAGAAUUACUGAAGAAAUAAACUUUGAAAAAGUUAAGAAUUCCUACAUUGCUAGUAAAGCUUCAGGUGGCAUCAUUUUAUAUGUAGUCUUUAUUAGGACUCUUAUCUUUUGCUUUGAAAUUAAGAGUAUCUGGAUUUGAUUUCUUUUAAGGAGGAACUGGAACAGUAUAUAACAUUUUUUUCAGAUCUAUGUACUGAAAUGGAAGGCCCCGUUUUAAUAGGAGAUGUGGAAUCAGAUUAGUGGUACACAGAAAUUCAUACUACAUUACUACAUUAGGAUUUGGAGGAUAAUUAUAGUUAGGAUGAAGGAAUUCUUAGUUGUACUUUGAUAACAUAAGACCUAAAAUAUAAUCCAUUGAAAAUAAUUUUAUAAAAUUUAAACAUUUAAAAAAAAGAUACCGAUUCAAAUAAACCAAGGUGAUGGUUCUCAGGGAAGCUACUGAGGAGAGUUGGAGAGAAAUCAAUAUUAAUUAAUGCGAUAUCUUAUGGGGCGUGAACAUUCGGCCACUAACUUAAGGCUCUUUCAAGAUGAUUGCUUUUUAAAAAUUAAAUAUACAUUUAGCAGUCUUCUGAUUAUUUUUCAACAUAGUUUAAUAUUUUACUUUUAUUUCUUAGGUAUCUAGAUACUUGGAAGAAGAUACCUUGUAUAAUCACUGUAUAGCCCCCCUAUUAAAUUGGCUUUUUAGUUGGACAUUGUGAUAUUGUUAUUCCAGAUCCCAAUCUUUUCUAGUUGAAUGAAUUGAAUAUUGAAGUUUCAGACUUAAACAGCUUAGAGACAAAAAACUUUCAGUGUGAUCCCACCGAGAGGGAUGUUCAACUAGAAAUAGCUUACUGUGUUUACCUUUUAUAGCAGUCCCAUUUACAAAUGUCAGUUUUUAAUGGUGUAGCCAUACAUAGAUGAAAUAGACCAAUAAUGGCAUGUUUGAAAGAAAUAUGGGUUGUUGUUUUUUUUUAAACAAAUGAUAUAGUUAUAUAACUUAUUUGGAUACUGUAUUAAAGUUUUUCCUUUGCUAUUUAAAUCACAUUUUAAGAAUAUAAAUAUAGCUUCUGAUACUCUAAUCAGUGAUAUUUUCAACUUUUUUUUUGCUUUGAAAUUCAUAUCCAUAUCUGAACUGUUUAUAGUGAAAGAAAAUUCUGAUAAUUUAUUGACAUGUCAUAUAUAAAGAGCAAAAUGCUUAAAAAUGCCAGUAAAAUAUUUUAAAAAGAUAAAUCUUAUAUCUAAUGUCACAACUGUCUAUAUUUUGAUGUUCCAAGUUUAUAUUGGUGAUUGUCAAAAAAGUGAAGGGAGGAAAACUGAGACACUGUAGCUGGGUUUCCUCAGGUACUUAAUUUCUGUACUUCAGCUUAUUGCAUAGAGUCUCCAUUAGUUCACAGGAAUAUUGUGAGAAUCAAGUAAUCUCUGUAAAAUGUUUAUUUCCUUGGAAAUGACUGUUGACAUUGUAAGGUUUUACUUACUUGUUUUUAAAAUAUGAACUCUGAUCUGAUACUUGUGUUCUGACAGUAGAAAAAUAAUCGAUUAACAGUGUUUAAUACAUAUUUUUUUACAUCCUA